CGGUACAUUACAGGAACCGAAGCUAUAGUAGUGCGGGUGCGCUGUUGAGCGGUAGAAGUGGCCGGUUCUGUCCCGCUGCGGAGAUCCACUCAGCCCGGUUCAGGAUGAAGGACGUGGCCGGUUAUCUGUCCCUCCAGCAGAGCCAGAGCUCCAGCCCCGAGCUGGCGGCGGAGUGGCACGGUCUGGAGGAGCUUUACAACAAGAAGUUGUGGCACCAGUUGACUCUGAAGCUGUCAGAGUUUGUCAAGGAUCCUUAUUUUAAAACUGGAGAUAGUCUCAUACAGCUCUAUGAAAACUUCAUCAGUGAUUUUGAGCACAGAAUCAACCCUCUUUCCCUAGUGGAAAUUGUUCUCUAUGUUAUCAGACAAAUCACAGAUCCCAAUGAUUCCAUCACUUUCCUUGAGAAGACUAAAGAAAAGGUGAAGAGCAAUGAUGAGGCCGUCAUUUUGUGCAAAACGGUCAUCGGGAGUCUGAAGCUGGAGAUCAGUGACCUCACUGCUACAAAGAAAUUAAUAGAGGAGAGUGAGGAGAUGCUGAAUAAUCUGCCGGGUGUGACUUUAGUCCACGGGCGCUUCUAUGAUCUAUCUAGCAAGUAUUACCGCUUUGUGGGGAACCAUGCCAUGUACUACAAGGAUGCCCUCCGCUUUCUCGGCUGUGUAGAUGUGAAAGAUUUGUCAGAAACUGAGAAACAGGAGAGAGCAUUCACACUGGGUCUUGCGGGACUUCUGGGAGAGGGAGUUUACAAUUUUGGAGAACUGCUGAUGCACCCUGUUUUGGAGUCUUUGAGAAAUACAGACAAGCAGUGGCUUAUAGAUACCCUGUACGCUUUCAACAGCGGCAAUGUCGUCAAAUUCCAGGCUUUGAAAUCAGCUUGGGGUCAGCAGCCAGAUCUUGCAGCCCAUGAACCAAAACUGAUGCAGAAGAUACAGCUUCUGUGUGUGAUGGAGAUGACUUUUACUCGACCCACCAAUAACAGGCAGAUGACAUUUCAAGAAAUAGCGCAGAGUGCCCAAAUCCAAGAGAAUGAGGUGGAGCUGCUCGUGAUGAAGGCCCUCUCUGUUGGGUUGAUAAAAGGCAGCAUUGAUGAAGUGGAUCAGACAGUUCAGAUGACAUGGGUUCAACCGAGAGUCCUGGAUUUACACCAGAUUAAGGGGAUGAACGAUCGACUGGAGCUGUGGUGUAAAGAUGUGAAGGAAAUGGCAGUGUUAGUGGAGCAGCAGGCCCAGGACAUCCUCACUUAAUGCAGCUUCAGAGCACCUCUGCACUCGACACCAUUCCAUUAUUCCGUCUCUGUUUAGCUAUUGAAACUGAUAUUUCAUUUGCCGUUUCCUGUUUACAUUUGCUUGGUGGAAUUAUCUGUUGAUUCGGAGUUGUGCCAGGUAUAUGUGAUUACCUGUGCUCUUUGUUCUUUUGUGUUUUUUUGUGGAUUUUCUUUAAAAGUGUAAAUUAUAAAUCUAUUGAGUUGCUUGAAUAUAAUAUAAAAGGUGUCCUUUUAUUUUGGUUACAUAUUUAUUGGAUUGGGCAAGAAGGUACAGUAGUAUAUUUAUAUUUUUUAGAGAAAAUGACCAGUGCAGUAGAAUAAAAAUAACUUAUAUGCGUCAGAAUAUAACACACUAUAUAUCCUCACUAUAAGGACAAAAACAAAUCUGCCACUUAGAAUUCUCAGCAGUGAACUUGGUUUAUUCAUGCAUAGGCAUUCCCAAGUAUAUAGUUCACUCUAUAGUAAACAUUAUAUAGUGAAUAUUGUAAUUGAUAAAUAUUUCAAAAUGGCUCAUAUGUCUGCCAUAUCUCUGAAUUAUUUUACCUUUACUGAGUAAAAACUAUGUAAAAGGUUGUAUUUCAACUCAGAUUUUGAAUAGUUUGUACUGGCCCAUUCCCAAGUGGCGCAACAGCCUAAGCGUUUGCCCCGUCAUCAUGAGAUUUGCCAGUUUAGUUCCUAGUUAUGCAAUAGCCAACCAUGGCCAUUAGUCCCAGCGAGCACAAUUACCCAUAAUCCCAAAUGGUGCACUAAGCUCUGUGGUCCUCUGUGAGGCCGCACUCAGGUGACGUGAGCAAUAUAUACACCUGAAGUGUGAGUUCUCGAGAGUACCAGGUUUUAAAAGCAUUCAAGUGGGAUAGAAUAAUGUAUUUUUUGUUUAAGUAGUUAUUAAUACUAUUAUUAUUUGUAUUUUAUGAUAGGUAUCUAUAAAUAAUUGUUUAGGAAGUGCUUAAAAAUGUCAUUAAAAGGGAACAAAUUGUGGGUAACAGGGUCCUAAUAAAUCCACUCUGUAGCAGUCUUCACUGAAGGGCUUCAUUAAAUAAAAAUGCAUGGAGGGCGCUGGUGAACAUGCUUUAGGUCAGGAAAGCAAGUGUGCCAUUUAGGACUGGGUUUUACUGGGUUUCACACUUUCUCUGGGUGGAUAAGUUGGUGUUUUGCUUUCUCCAGUCCCUCAGCACAGUGCUAGUCUCUGCUUCUGUCUGUUAGCUGAUGCACAGUAACUAUAUGGGCAGUUAAUGUUCUCCUGCAAGCGUGUUGAGCCAACAAUGUUGCAUCAGGGCAGUGUGGAAAUAUGUGCUGGCUUGCUACACAUUCCUCACAAGUAGCUCAUGCUGGCUCUCAUCCUCCGAGCACUGGUAGCACUGUUGGGAAAUGGAGUUGACUAGAAAUUAGAGAAAAAGGAAGUGCUUAAAUAAGUUAAAUGUUCUAAUCAACCAAAAACAAUACAUGUCCUAAGGCUGGCUAAGGGAAGCAUAUCGAUACAGUUUAAUCCUAUAUCAAGAGUUAUUGCAUCUCUCUUGCUCUUUGAAACCUGUGAUAAAUGAAGGAUUUAUUUGUCUCAAUCACUGAGUGAAGGGUCCAAAGUCGAUAUGUUGAUACCAAUACAUUAAUUAUACCAAUACACUGCUAGCUUUAUGUACACCUAUGAGUAAAUAUGCUGCAUUAAGGACAUAAACAAACAAUGAAUUGAUGAGUGUGGCUUUAAUUGUUGAUUAAUUCACUGUAAAUGGUCUAUACAAGAAUUAUAUUAAUAAAAGCUAUUGGCACCAUG